UACUGCCCUUCGCGAGGCUUCCAAGCACUCCAUCCAAACCAAACCUUUUUUUCUACCUCACUGUGCCACGAGCCAUGGGGAACCUCAAGAACGCCGUCAUUGCCUUCCUCGCCCCCCUCCCUUCCCUCCUCUUUUACCUCUCUUUCCUCCGCCACCACGAUCCCUCCUCUCCUCCUCCAGCCACGGCCACCUUCGACAUCUGGGAUUGGUGCUACCACAAUCCUCUCCUCCUCGCCAACCUCCUCUUCUUCGCCAACGUCGACCUCCUUUUCUGGCUCACCGGCCUCCUCCAGUCCAACAACUGGAUGAUUGAUCUCUACUGGACGAUAAUCCCGGUGCUGCUGGUCCACUACUACGCCAGCCACCCGCUGGCGGUGGCCGAUACCGUAAGAUCGGCGGUGGCGGUGCUGCUGACUUGGGUGUGGAGCGCCCGGCUGACGCACAACUACUUCCGGAGGGAGAAGUGGGAGUGGGGGGUGAGGGAGGACUGGAGGUUUAAUGAGAUGAGGAGAGAGUAUGGGAGGCACUGGUGGUGGGUCUCCUUCUUUGCCGUCUACCUCUCCCAGCAGGUCUUUUUGAUGGGCAUAUGCCUACCAAUGUAUGCUAUCCACUCGAGUGAUAAACCUUGGAACAUGUGGGACUCUGUUGCUACAAUUGCCUGCAUCACUGGAAUAGUAAUUGCCUACUUUGCAGACACGCAGCUCUAUGAUUUUGUAAGCAGAAAUGAAACCUUGAAGGAGCUUGGUGCACCCUUGGUGCCUAACCUUGACAAAGGUCUGUGGCAGUAUUCUCGCCACCCAAACUACUUCGGAGAACAGCUGUGGUGGUGGGGUCUGUUUCUCUUUGCCUGGAACUUGGGAUGGGGAUGGAUGUUUAUUGGGCCACUUGUAAAUAGCUUGUGCUUGGCAUAUGUUACAGUGCUGGUCGAGCAGCGGAUGUUGAAGAAAGAACAUAGGAUUGAAGCUUAUAGACAGUAUCAGAAAACAACAUCUGUGUGGAUCCCAUGGUUUAAGACUUCAUUCAAAGGUUCUAAGGAGAAGGAUAUCUGAGGAUUGAGAUCAUCAGUCUUCCAAGUAUCUGCUUAUUUCUUCUGGUCCUUGCUUUUCUUGUUUCCUUUGUAAUAUCUGAGUCAUCCGAAUCCUGUACUACAAAUUUGUCUCUUGUAAUGUACUCUGUUUUCCUAUGAUGGAUGAUUACUCAUUUGCAGGCUACCUUUUUAUGAGCUAAA